AUGGGCGGGACCCGGCUCCGCCUACCUCCAGCUCUGGAGAGCGCUCGGGAGCAGCCAGCCUGGCAAAGAUACCUGACCCGCGGCUGGUAUGGAACGACUCCCCGUUAGGUUGCUGCGCGGCAGCGGAAUGCUAAGAAGACACUUCCCAACUUGCCUGAGUUCCUGGAAAACGCCUCCUCACGUCCUAAGGUCUUCGCAGUCAGAAGCUCUACUCAAAGUAAGGAAUAAUGCACUGCUCUCUGCUCCACUGCAGACAUUUACAGAUGACGAAAUGAUGAUUAAGAGCACAGUUAAAAAAUUUGCACAGGAACAAAUUGCUCCUUUGGUUUCAAACAUGGAUGAAAAUUCAAAAAUGGAGAAAUCAGUAAUACAAGGAUUAUUUCAACAAGGGUUGAUGGGUAUUGAAGUUGAUGCACAGUAUGGAGGAACAGGGGCUUCAUUUUUUUCCUCCAUCAUAGUGAUAGAGGAAUUAGCCAAAGUUGAUGCAUCUGUGGCUCUCCUAUGUGAUCUUCAGAACACAGUCAUUAAUAAGCUGAUUGCAAAAUAUGGAACAGAAGAACAAAAGGCCACCUACUUGCCUAAGCUGAUUACAGAAGAUCUGGGAUGCUUUUGCCUUUCGGAGGCUGGAGCAGGCAGUGACUCUUUUGCUUUGAAGACCAGAGCUGAUAAAAAGGGAAAUUAUUAUGUCAUCAAUGGGUCAAAGAUGUGGAUUAGCAAUGCAGGGGAUGCAGAUCUCCUCGUGGUUUUUGCAAACGUAGACCUUACUGCUGGUUAUAAAGGAAUCACCUGCUUCUUAGUAGAUCGCAGUACAGAAGGCCUUCAUGUAGGGAAAUCAGAAAACAAAUUGGGGAUCAGAGCUUCUUCCACCUGCCCAAUAACAUUUGAAAAUGUCAAGGUUCCAGAAACGAAUAUCUUGGGACAAGUUGGGCAUGGUUAUAAAUAUGCAAUAGGAAUUCUUAAUGAAGGUAGAAUAGGAAUUGCUGCACAGAUGCUGGGCCUGGCCCAAGGAUGCUUUGACUACACCAUUCCAUAUAUUAAAGAAAGGGAACAGUUUGGCAGAAGAAUAUUUGAUUUUCAGGGGCUCCAACACCAAGUGGCUUAUGUGGCAACCCAGCUGGAAGCGACAAGGUUACUGACAUACAACGCUGCCAGGCUUGUAGAAGCUGGGAGGCCAUUCAUAAAAGAAGCCGCGAUGGCCAAAUAUUACGCAUCAGAGACAGCAGGGCUCACAACUGGUAAAUGUAUCGAGUGGAUGGGAGGAGUAGGCUAUAUCAAAGAUUACCCUGUAGAAAAAUACUUCCGAGAUGCAAAGAUUGGUACAAUAUAUGAAGGAGCUAGCAAUAUCCAGCUGAACACCAUUGCAAAGCACAUUGAUACAGAAUACUGACAUCUUUAAGAUCGGGCCCCUCCCUCGUAUCACUGGUGUGACAUUUCAAACUACUGUGCCUUGUUGGAGGAGUAAGGCUCCACAGGACUGCGGGGUUUCAUGGAGGCCCCAGAUGUGAUCCUCUGGCUUUGCCCUUCCUUUUUCCUCUUUCCAGUCUGCUUCAAUUAGACACAAGAAAUCAUUUCUAAAAUUUGGGAGAUGUGUACCCCUAUUUUCUCCAAAACUGUUUUAAACUUCUGUACAUGUUCAUAUUAUCAUCUACUUUCAGAAUAUAUAGAAGUUUCAUUCCAUCAACAUCUGGAAAAAUGAAGACAUUUGAAGUACUACAGAAAUAGUUAUUUUAUACUCCUUCUAAAUCUUUAUAUCGUGGUACCAGUCAGAGCAACAUUUGUUACAGCAGUCAGUUUUUAUUAAAUACUUUAUAGAUUCAGCUGUAAGUUGCUAAAUGAGGCAGAAACUGAUAAAAAUUUGUUUGAAAAAUCUAAAACUUCUAGUAGUGAAUAUCAGAAUGGAUGGAAAAUAAGAGUGCAACUUUGUAGUUCAUAUAAUUGAAAAAAAUACACUUUUUAAUCAAGUAAAACAAUAUA